CUUUAAGUGAAGAAGCCAAGCAAAGAGAAGAUAAGAGGUUUCCAUUAUAAGAUGGAAGGUUUAGAAGAGUUAAAUGUGAAGAUUGUGGAGCGUUGCCUGGUGCUACCGUGCCUGCCUUCACCCAAAGACACCCUCUGUCUCUCCAAUUUUGAUAACCAGCCAUUGUUGAGAACUUUCUUUAAUACGUUGCUUGUGUACGAGGCUUGUGAAAAGAAUUUAGUAGAUCCUGCCAAAACUAUUAGAGAGGCUCUAUCGAAGGUGUUAGUGUAUUAUUAUCCUCUGGCUGGGAGAUUGAGAAAGAAAGAAGAUGGGAAGCUUCAAGUGGAGUGCACAGGAGAAGGUGUUCUCUUUGUUGGAGCCAUGGUAAACAACAACCUAUCAGCCAUUGGAGAUUUGGACUACCUCAAGCCAUCAUUUAAGCAACUUCUCUUUACAUUCCCUUUCAAUACAGAUCUUGAGGAGCUUCAUCUCAUUGUUAUUCAGGUAAAUCGUUUCACAUGUGGAGGGUUUGUUGUAGUAGUGACUUUCCAUCAUAGUUUAUUUGAUGGAAAAGGAUUAGGACAAUUUCUCAAAGGUCUUGGAGAGAUGGCUAGAGGAGAAGUUAUGCCUUCUAUGAAACCAAUAUGGGAUAGAGAGCUUCUUAAGCCAAGGAAGCUAUUGGUUCAUAACUUAGACAUGAUUGAAGACAAAACAAGAGGUAUAUCCCACCCAUGGGCAUUACCCAUAUCUAAAGAAUCAAUUCAAGUGUCUCUUACAUUGGACUCUAAUACAAUAAAAUGUAUGAAGCAAGGAUUAUGGAAGAAUGUGGGGAAAUAUACACUACAUUUGAAAUUGUUACAACUUUGAUUUGGCGAGCAAGGACUAAGGCACUUGAAAUUCCACAUGCUCAAAGUACAAAUACCUUAUUUAUAGUAGAUGUGAGGGAAUCAUUUGAUCCACCACUACCAAAUGGAUUUUAUGGAAUUUUUUUUGUUUUUGCAUGUGCAAAGGCUACCAUCCAUGAACUCAUGAACCAACCUCUUUCAUAUAUAGUGAAUCUUAUAAAGAAAUCAAAAAUGUUAAUAACUAACUAGUAUCUUAGAUCAAUAGUUGAUAUGAACCAAUUUCCUCUUGAUGUUUCUUGUAACCAAUAUAGUAUAACUCUAAGUGACUGGAGGUGGUUGGGAUUUAAUGAAGUUGACUUUGGGUCA